CAUAUAAAUGAUAAUUUUCAUACAUGAAAUAUUCAUAUUCAUAUUCAUAAUCUAUUAAUCCACAUCCCAUUGUCUAAUAUAUCCACGACAAAAUGUAGAGCAAGAGGGACGAGAUAGAAUUAGACAGUGAGCAAGGGAGACGAAAAGAAGCGAUAAGAAAAUGAAAAGUAAUGUCGUUGUAGUGCUGCCGGCAUCCUUCGUGUUAUGUAGUCAUUUUGCUUAUCAUUCUCGUCUUCACAUGGUCCUUCGUGUUUUAGCUUCACCCCACCAAUGAAAGGUUUCAGUGCCUGCAUCCUCAGAUCUCAUUCGAUACCCAUAGGCAGCGUCACUGCCACAAGUCCACAACGGUAGAUGCCCAUAGUUUGUAAUGUAAUGCUAUGUAGCCUCGCUUUCUAACUCGGUACACGACAGUGAUGGCAUUUCAUUGUAUGUGAUAGGGUCAAUGUCUGCGGGGCCAACAGAUGCGGGGGAGUCAUUGUCGACAGGGCCCACAGAUGCGGACGAGGUAAUAUCAGAUGCGUUCUCUAUCCCAGGAAUCUGUAGUAAUCCAGCACUUACCAUAUCCUUCCAACAAAUGCAUAGUGUUACAUAGUUCAAACUAAAAUUAAACAAAAUUAUAUUAGCAAUCAAAUUUUAAAUGAAAUUACUCGAAUUUGUGCGGCCAUCACCGUACAAUUCGGACAUAUCUCCAGUGAAUUUUUUUUCGCUCGCUUGCAGGUCAUGUCAGGGAGAUCGAAAUAUGCAGGACGCUUCCCAUCACACUUCUAAGACUGAAAACAACAUUAAAAAGGAGUAAAAAAGCAUCCAAAAUAAAAUGAAUUAAUGUAUGAAAAUAUAAUUUUAACCAUUGUUUCUGUUGUCCCGGCAUAUGAAACAGAGUCGUCACUACGUGAGCUGUGGGCCUUCUCCUGCUUCUGUUCACAAUUUUCCGAGCACCCGGCAGCAGCCUCGAGCAUCUUCCAGGCGUCAGUGAAACUGAAGGUGUUGGACCUGACGGAUGUUGUCGUGCGAGUAAGCCGCACGAGUCAAAAUUGAAGUGGUAGUGAAUCUGUGCAGUGGCGGAGUCUCAGCUCUUUUGGUUAAAGAGAAGGGUAGAAAUAGAAGGAAUUUUGUAUCCGAUUUCACAAAUUAAUUGGGUUCCAUAAUGGAGUUAUGAAGGAUCAGGACAAAGAAGAACUACAGGGGUCCGAUUGGGAUAAUCCUGUGGCCUCUCAUAUUGAAGAACUAUUGACCAAAAAUUUAAGUGCAACAUUGUGCAGUGCACUGAAGAAGAUUGUUGAAAGUGGGUACACUAAAGAAGUUGCAGAGACGGCCAUUUUAUAUAGCAGCCUGUUCAAUGGUAGUAAAGACACUGUAUUCAAUGUUGUCGACAGUGCUUUGACUACACUAAAGAGAGAAAAGGAGAUGAGUAUUGCAAUGAAGUUUCCUGUAUUUGAGAGGUUGCAGAGCCUAGUAGACUAUACACUACUGAAGAUGAUUUGUGCUUCGAGAGGUUAGGCCUCCCGAUGGUGGUUUGAAGGGCGGAGCCGAUGUUUCUGAUACUCCUGAUGCUAAGGAUUAUUACUCUUCAAUCCGGUUCGACGAAACUCUACAGGAGUACAUCGUUGAAGAUAUUAAAGAUGAAGCCAUUCGGAUACUAGUCCCCCACAAGUGCAAGAUCGAGAAGGAGCUCCAAGGAUGGACUGAGUGGGCUAACGAGAAGGUCAUGCAUGCUGCACAGAGGCUUGGGAAGGCCCGGGCAGAGUUGGAGAAAUUGAAGAAGGUAAAACAUGCUUUGGUGGAUAGUACCAUAAAGCAGCUGUCGGAAUUGGAGUACGCCAUGACCAAUGCUACGGGUCAGAUUCAGGUGGCUAACUGCACUGUCGCUCGCAUUGAGGAGGAGCAUGAUCUGUUGAUGAAUGAUAUGGAAGCCGCUAAGAUGCGCGCGAUGAGGGUGGCCACUAACCUGCAUUCCGCUACGGAAAGAGAGCAGGAGACCCUACGGAAAAUGCAGUCAUUGGAUGCAGACAAGGCCAUCAUCCAAGACCAACUCACGGAUCUCAAACACCAGAUAACUGCACUCAACAAUCGACUAGAAAAGGCUAGAGGCCGCAAGGUUCAGUUCAAGGCUUUGUGGAAGCAGGAGGAGAAGGAGAAAACAAAAGCUCAAAAUAAAAUUGAUUCCUUGAGGAGGAAGCUCGAGGAAGAAGAGGCUGCGAUGAAAAUAGAAGCAGAAAACAUAAAGCAAGCAGCCGAAAAGGAGAUGCAGAAAUGCACAGAAGACAUCAAGAGGAUUCAGAAAAUGGUCAUGGAGCUAAGUUUUGAGUCUGAAAAGUCGAAGAAAUGCACACAGGCACUAAUACGCACACGGUGGCACUUGUUUUUUGUUUUUUUUUUUUCAUGUCAAAUCUGUAUGAAAAUCACACCUUUAAAAGAAUUAAUACUGAAAUGGGAUAAGAGGUGUGCCUCCAAUGAAUUGGCAUCUUUAAAUCAAACAAAAAGUUUAAGUAAAGCCCAAUUUGUUAAAAUGUACUCCUAUGUCAAAAUAAUGGAUUAG